AUGACUAUCCACUUUCAAGUGUCCGGUCAGGUUUGCGCCUUCACUACGGCCGUCUGGUUUCCAUCCCGAUCAGCCCUCAUUGCCUACCCAGCCCCUCCUCCUUUAGUACCAUCUUUGCCCGCUGCGGAUCUCUCCCGAUCCCACUUUUCUUCUCACUCUCUUCGUCAUGCAAACACCCUCUUGCCCCCCACUUGGAGGGAGAAAGAAUUAUUGUUGGCUCUCCCUUUAUGCGUCAAAUGCAGAAACAUUUCUAAGGCUGGCCUUUAG